AUGCUUGGCCGCUUGGAGCCAGCGCCAAACUCUCAAGUCAAUGAGAAGAGAGUUGGUAGAGGUCCGGGCUCAGGCUAUGGAAAAACAUCUGGACGAGGUCAAAAAGGUCAGAAAGCCAGAGGAUCCGUGCCUCAUUGGUUUGAAGGUGGACAAACUCCAGUUUAUAAACUUUAUCCUAAGAGGGGUUUUAUUAGACACCAAAAGCUUGACUUACACGAAGUCCCAUUAAUUAAAAUACAACAAUUUUACGAUUCAGGACGUUUGAAGUUGGCUCCUGGUGAGACACUUACGAUGAGAAAGAUGAAGGAAAUAGGACUGAUUACCGGAUCCUUAAAAGACGGAGUUGCUAUUCUAGGUACGGGAGCUCCGGUGUACAAGCUCAAUAUAAACAUAGAGUCGACCAAAGCUACGCAAACAGCCAUUGAAACUAUAGAAAGCAAUGGUGGGAAAUAUACCUCGAGGUAUUUUUCGAGAUCUCUAGGUUACCAAGUUCAUAUGGCUCCUGAGCGUUUUAUGCGUACGAAGGGUUACGUUCCCAUGCAAGCGAAGCCAAUUGCUAGACGCGAUAUUCUUUACUAUACCAGUCCAGAAAAACGUGGAUACCUAGCUGGCUCUGAUUUUGCCCAAGUAGUGAAGGACGGGGCUACAAGGGCAUCCGUUGCAAGAAAAGAAGUCAAAUCGCCAUUGCUGAAGCACUUGGAAGAACUCUCGAAAUCUGAAAGGAAAGAUUAUGGCGUCAAUGCGUUCACCAACAAUAGCAUUGUAAAGUUCUCUGAUUUGAAAUUAUAG